CCGGCGCCGUGCCGGGCCGUCCCUCGCCGGCGGGGCCAUGGCCGCGAGCGCCAAGCGGAAGCAGGAGGAGAAGCACCUGAAGCUGCUGCGGGAGAUGAGCAGCCUCCCGCCCAACCGCAAGUGCUUCGACUGCGACCAGCGGGGCCCCACCUACACCGACAUGACCGUGGGCAGCUUCGUGUGCACCUCCUGCUCCGGCAUCCUGCGGGGCUUGAAUCCACCCCACAGAGUGAAGUCGAUUUCAAUGACUACCUUCACACAACAGGAAAUAGAAUUUCUGCAGAAACAUGGAAAUGAAGUGUGCAAACAGAUUUGGCUCGGCCUAUUUGAUGAUAGAUCAUCAGCAAUUCCAGACUUCAGGGAUCCACAGAAAGUAAAGGAAUUUCUACAGGAAAAAUAUGAAAAGAAAAGAUGGUAUGUUCCUCCAGAGCAAGCAAAGGUGGUGGCAUCAGUCCAUGCAUCCAUCUCGGGCUCUUCUGCCAGUAGUACAAGCAGCACACCUGAGGUGAAGCCACUCAAAUCUCUCUUGGGAGAAGCUGCACCCGCACUGCACUUAAACAAGGGCACACCUAGCCAAUCUCCUGUUGUAGUUCGAUCUCAAGGACAGCAGCAACAAGAAAAGAAACAAUUUGACCUCCUCAGUGACCUUGGCUCAGAUAUCUUUGCUGCUGCCCCUCCUCAGUCAACUGCUACAGCGAAUUUUGCUAAUUUUGCACACUUCAACAGUCAUACAGCGCAGAACUCUGCCAAUGCAGGUUUUGCAAACUUUGAUGCAUUUGGACAGUCUAGUGGCUCGAGUAAUUUUGGAGGUUUCCCCACAGCAAGUCAGUCUCCUUUUCAGCCCCAAAAUACAGUGUGGUGUUGUUUUAAACUUUUUUUUCAAAUUUUCUUUCUCCCUUCUUAUGUUAACUUUAACCCACACACAAUUUCUGGCUGUCCAGCGUUCAGAACGCUUUCAUCUAGCUGCAGUUUUGGUGAAUUUACUUCAGCUUUUCCUCUCCAGGCUGUACACAGUGGAAGUGCUGGAUCAGUGAAUGCUAAUUUUGCUCACUUUGAUAACUUCCCCAAAUCCUCCAGUGCUGAUUUUGGAUCCUUCAAUGCUUCUCAGAGCAACGCCACAGCAACUGCAGCCAGUAAAGCUGCAGUGAAUAAACUGAAUCUUCAGUCAGCUGACAAAUAUGCAGCUCUUGCUAAUUUAGAUAAUAUCUUCAGUGCAGGGCAAGGUGGGAGCGAGCAGGGAAGUGGCUUCAGCACAGCAGUGUCCUCAGCAGGCCCUGCCCUGUCAGCCCCCAACCAGUCAAGUGCAUCUUCGGACAAGUACGCGGCGCUGGCGGAGCUGGACAGCGUCUUCAGCUCCACGGCCACCUCCAGCAACGCCUACACCGCCACCAGUAACGUCAGCAGCAAUGCUUUUGGAACAGUACCUGUAGCUGCUACAGCACAGACGCAGCCUGCAUCUUCAAGCGUGCCUGCUCCAUUUGGAGCAACACCUUCCACAAAUCCAUUUGUAGCUGCCCCUGUUGCCCCAGUGGCACCUUCAACAAAUCCAUUCCAGACCAAUAGCCGAGGAGCAACAGGCCUCUCGGGAGCAAUGCACUCUCACAUAUUUCCUCAGGCUCAUUUUGCAGCAACUUUUGGUACUGCAUCCAUGAGCAUGCCGGCAGGAUUUGGAACUCCUGCCUCCUACAGUCUUCCUACUAGUUAUAGUGGCAACUUCCAGCAGCCCACGUUCCCAACCCAGGCAGCUUUCCCUCAACAGACUGCUUUUGCUCAGCAGCCAAAUGGAGCAGGUUUUGCUACAUUUGGGCAAGCAAAGCCUGUAGUAACUCCUUUUGGACAAGUUGCAGCUGUUGGAGUAUCUAGUAACCCUUUUAUGGCUGGUGCACCAACAGGACAAUUUCCAACAGGAAGCUCAUCAACCAAUCCUUUCUUAUAGCCUUAUAGACACUUUACCCAAAAGAACUCUUAUGUGGUCACAUAACAUCUCUGCGCCUCUUGCACUGUUGUCUUGUUUCACUGAUAUUAGCUUUAAACACAAAAGAAGUCUUUAAGAAGUAAAAAUAAAAGCCUGCAUUGUGUACCUUUAAAAAGUUUCAAAAAGGAAAAAAAAAAAAACCACCUGACACAAAAAGCAAGAAAACCAACCCCCCACGAGUUAAUAACGUGCAAAACAGAGGGCUGUGGUAACAUCCUUGAACCUGUGAAGUGGCAGGUACAAAGUAGCGGUAUCAUGUGUAUUACAAUUGGCUAAUAAGUUAUUGCAGAUACCACACUCAUUAUGCUGCAGUACUGUACAUAUUUUUCUUAGAAAAUAGCUAUUUGUGCAUAUCAGUAUUUGUAACUUUAACACAUUGUUAUGUGAAAAUGUUACUGGAGAAUAGAUCAGCCACUUUAAGGUGCUGUUGUAUCUCUUGGAAUGAAUGAGCUGCAUCAUUUUAACCAUUGGUAUUGGAAGUCACGAAGUUAAAUUGAAGGUUUGUUCAUUUCUCAAAAUGUUUUCCUUUCCUAAGAGCUCUUCUAUUUAUACAUGCCUAAAUCUCUAAUGUUAGAGGGAUACCUGUCUGCAUAAUAAAGCUGAUCAUGUUUUGCUACAGUUUGCAGGUGAAAAAAUAAAUAUUAGAAAAAACCCCUGUGUAGCAUUAUUUCUGUGCAGUAACAUGUACUGGAUGAAAAUGUACACACUGUGUCUUGUAUACAGAUGAGGUGUCCAAAGCAGUGUGUUCAAAGGUGAGCUAAGCCUAAAAUUUUCACAUCCUCACUUGGAUGUGUUUCUUUUUGCCCUUGUGAUGAAGCUCACUGUUCUAGCUCAAGUGAAGUGACCUGUCACGCAGGAGAGUGUUAGGUGAGGUUUGGAUUGUUUGCAUAGAGUAUGCCAUGAAGGACACUGGAAGCACUGGGAAGGGUAGUUAUUGGAGAGAAGGUUUGCAGCAAAGGACACCUUAUUAUGGGUAACUAAUGACAGGCCUUAGUUGUGCUCUGAACAGAGUGUGUAACAGCAGGCCAAGGAACCACAGAUGUAACAGCCCUCUCUUUAUUAAAAACCGAUACCUAUCAGUAAGAGCUCCUGUGGAAUAUUAAAUUUAUUUUUUUCAUUUACAGAAAUAUUUUGUGCCAUACUACAGUGAAACUUGUUGGGGAAAAAAUGUCUGGCUUGUCUUCCUCUGUAACAGUGAUAAGAUUCAAGGAAAAUAUAACUGCAUCAAAGUAGUUGAUGUUUUAAACAGACAUAAAUUUGGCUACAGUUCAAGUGUAAUACUGGAACUAAGCAAAUAAUGUAAGUAUAUUGUGAAUACAUAAACUGCAAGCUUAAAGGUUUCUGACCAGCUGGAGAAUAAAAUUCUAACAGAUUACAGGAUAAUAGGAAUAAAUAAGGUGAGAUUGACUUUUUUUAAAAAGAACAUGUGAAUCCAUUUGAGAUAAACAUGAAAAUUCUUCAAGGUAAGACAUUUCACUUGUAAUUGACUGCCUGAAUGUUGGCUAGGUUUUUCUAAGGCAUCUGAAAGGUUUGACCUCUGCAUGUAAAAACAUUUGUGCUAAUGCUUUUGACUUUUGUUGCCUGCCUAUGGGGGGAUUGUAAUUUCUUUUUGGUUUUGUUUUUUAAACUUUGGAGAUACCAAGCUGGAGACAGGCAACUCAUAAAGCAUACUGCAAGUUUUCUGAACUUAAAUGUCUGGUUUUGUCCUGUUGGUAUAUUUAAAACAGGCUUGAAGGCUCUCUCUUGUUUCUGAUGGAGACUGCUCAACAGUGUGGUGUUCAGUUCAGUUCCCAACAUUCUCUGAGGAAUUCACUGAAGAAAUCCCCAGCAACUGGAGGUUUGCAGGGUAUUAGUAACACCCUUACUCUUACCACUGUAUUUUAGCACAGUGUAAAUAGUUGUAACUCUCCCUGUUCCCCAACCUUGGCUGUUUUGGAUAGUAUGAGGUAAAUGCAGUAGAGAGUGGAGAACUGCAAGGGUUCAGCUGAGCUUGUGGAAUACUUAAAAAUGCUUAGUGCAGAGAACUGGACUGAAUCAAAGAGAUGUCUUGUCUAUGAGAUGAAAAGUGUUAUGAAAGAGCAACAAUUCUGUGCCUUCUUCACUUACAGUGGUGUAAAUUAGGCUUUGGGCAAGGGCUAAUGAGAUCAGCAUCUAUAGAGAUUGUUCUAAUCCAAAU